AUGGAGAAGAACCAGAAUGGCCUCGUUGGGGAGCAUGACAUGUCGAAACCUCCGGAGGUCAAUACGUUUGACCCUUCAUGGAGCGACGAAGGGAUUCUUCAACUUGAAGUCGUCUCUUUAUCUAAGAGAUACCCUAAACACCUAGAACCAUAUUUGCUACAAAGUUUUCCGGAGGCGCAACAAGUGUUUAGCAUCAUUCGAUUUACGUAUAUGGUGGAUCCCUAUAAUAGUUGCAUCACAUUGUCAACAACCAGGAAGGAACCAGCUGUUAUUCGCAGAGCCAAGGAGUUUCUUCAACUUGUAGUUCACCACAUGCCUGCACAUUUAGCAUUUACACUCUUUACUGGAUGGCGAUCAUCUGACAUCAUCAAGAUCGGGCGUCAAGAUGGUGGCCUUUGCAAAGACAUAGGCGUCAGCAGGGAACAAUUUCAUGAACGGAAGAAUCUUUUCCGGGACUCCAAAGACACACUUGAAAGGUUGACGUCCUGCAAUAUUAUCAUACAGUCUAAGACUAUCGUGGUUAUCGGUAAUUCCGAAGGAAUAAAGAUAGUCAGGGAUAUGGUGAAAGACUGCUUUGUUUCCAAUGAGUCUCCUGCACCAAAGAUCAGGAGAGCCGAGAGGGAACUGGCGAGGAAGGAUAUCGAGGCUGUGCGCCGCCGACUCCAUGAGAAGCAGCAUUAG